CGCAAGGGGACGGGACAGUGGGAUCCAUCCCCAGAGCCGAGAAGCCGAGCGCCUGGUUCCUCCCCGCUCCCCGCCCUCUUCGGCGGCCGCGAGCGUGAACCCACCCUCCGGCGAAACCUGCUGGGUCCCUAGCGCCUGCCGCCCUGCGCUGCCCAGCGCUUGGCGGCCGACUCAGGACCUACCCUGCGCCCACUGCCCACCGGACCCUCGCAGUUUUCCCUUUCCUCCCCGCUUCCCGGGCGUGCGGGGCAGUGACCCGCCAUCCUCCGACGAGGGCGAAGGGGAGGAUUGUCCCGGGCGCACCGAAACCGAGAGCGGGCAAGCUGGAGUGGACGCUGCGCGGGGCAUUGUGUGUGUGAGUGUGUGUGUGCGCGUGCAGCAUAGUGUCUUUCGGAAAGCACUCUGGGGAGGUCCUGUCCCUAGGGGGCGGAGCGCAGGGGACCGAGGCUCCUGCUCCGGGCCGGGGCAGAGUCCCACGGAUCCCGAUCGCUGCUGAGGAGGCCGCGGGACGGGGCGCCUGGCUGGAAGGCGGACGCCGUGAAGGGAGGCCGGGGCGCCCUCGGUCCGGGGACUGCCCCUGCUCCGAGGUGUCGGCCUCCGCGGCGCAGCCCGUUUCUGUUCAAGUUCGCGGAUCUGCGAGAGAGAGCCUCGGACGCGGAGAGCCGGCACUCCUAGUAGCCCGCCCGCUCCGUCGGCCCGAGCUGCGCGACCGGAGAGCGAGGUCCCAGCGUCUGCGCUACCGGCAGGCGUCGACUGUAUCGGGAUCGCGCCCGCCCGCCCCUCUGCUGCCCGGGCCGGAGCCCGAGAGGCGCGCACCAUGAGCGGCGGCGAAGUGGUCUGCUCGGGAUGGCUUCGCAAGUCCCCCCCGGAGAAAAAGUUGAAGCGUUAUGCAUGGAAGAGGAGAUGGUUUGUGCUACGCAGUGGUCGUUUAACUGGGGAUCCAGAUGUCUUGGAAUAUUACAAAAAUGAUCAUGCCAAGAAGCCUAUCCGUAUUAUUGAUUUAAAUUUAUGUCAGCAAGUUGAUGCUGGAUUGACAUUUAACAAAAAAGAGUUUGAAAACAGCUACAUUUUUGAUAUCAACACCAUUGACCGAAUUUUCUACUUGGUAGCAGACAGUGAGGAAGAGAUGAAUAAGUGGGUUCGUUGUAUUUGUGACAUCUGUGGGUUUAAUCCUACAGAAGAAGAUCCUGUGAAGCCCCCUGGCAACUCCUUACAAGCACCAGCAGAUUUACCGUUAGCUGUAAAUACAGUACCACCAUCCACCCAGGUGGAGUCGUCCUCUGUGGCUCCACCUCCUCCAUACCAGCUAAUUAACCUUCCACCACAUCUGGAAACUCUUGGCAUCCAGGAGGAUCCUCAAGACUACCUCUUGCUAAUCAACUGUCAAAGCAAGAAGCCUGAACCUACCAGCCAAGGGUCAUCUUUUGUUUCUGAAGAAGGAGAGGAAUACCUACUACUAGAAGAUUUUGAAAGCAAAACGAUUCCAUUGCAAACACAUGCGGAUUCUACAAAAUCCACCUCUUCGGACACAGACUGCAAUGAUAAUGUCCCUUCUCAUAAAAAUCCUGCUUCCUCCCAGAGCAAACACGGAGUAAAUGGCUUCUUCCAGCAGCAAAUGAUGUAUGACUCUCCACCGUCUCGUGCUGCGUCUGUUUCUGUCGACUCCAGCCUUUACAACCUACCCAGGAGUUAUUCCCACGAUGUUUUACCAAAGGCGUCUCCAUCAAGCACCGAAGCAGAUGGAGAACUCUAUGUUUUUAAUACCCCGUCUGGGACAUCGAGUGUAGAGACUCAGAUGAGGCAUGUAUCUGUUAGUUAUGACAUUCCUCCAGCACCUGGUAAUACUUACCAGAUUCCACGAACAUUUCCAGAAGGAACCUUGGGACAGACAUCAAAGCUAGACACUAUUCCAGAUAUUCCGCCACCACGGCCACCGAAACCACACCCGCCUCAUGACCGAUCUCCUGUGGAAACAUGUAACAUCACACGCACGGCCUCAGACACUGACAGCAGUUACUGUAUCCCCACCGCAGGAAUGCCGCCGUCACGCAGCAAUACCAUUUCCACUGUGGAUUUAAACAAACUGCGGAAAGAUGCUAGUUCUCAAGACUGCUAUGAUAUUCCACGAACAUUUCCAAGUGAUAGAUCUAGUUCACUUGAAGGCUUCCAUAACCACUUUAAAAUCAAAAAUGUAUUGACAGUAGGAAGUGUAUCAAGUGAAGAACUGGAUGAAAAUUACGUCCCAAUGAAUCCCAACUCUCCGCCUCGAAAACAUUCCAGCAGUUUUACGGAACCAAUUCAGGAAGCCAAUUAUGUGCCGAUGACUCCAGGGACAUUUGAUUUCUCUUCAUUUGGAAUGCAAGUUCCUCCUCCUGCUCAUAUGGGCUUCAGGUCCAGCCCCAAAACCCCUCCCAGAAGACCAGUUCCUGUUGCAGACUGUGAACCACCCCCCGUGGACAGGAACCUCAAGCCGGACAGAAAAGGUCAAAGUCCUAAAAUUUUAAGACCCAAACCCCAUGGUUUAGAGCGAACUGAUUCACAAACCAUAGGUGACUUUGCUACAAGAAGAAAGGCCAAACCAGCACCUUUAGAAAUAAAACCUUUACCAGAAUGGGAAGAACUACAAGCCCCAGUUAGAUCUCCCAUCACUAGGAGUUUUGCUCGAGACUCCUCUAGGUUCCCCAUGUCACCCCGACCGGACUCUGUGCACAGCACAACAUCAAGCAGUGACUCUCACGACAGUGAAGAGAAUUAUGUCCCCAUGAACCCAAACCUGUCCAGUGAAGACUCAAAUCUUUUUGGCAGUAACAGUCUUGAUGGAGGAAGCAGCCCUAUGAUCAAGCCCAAAGGAGACAAACAAGUGGAAUACCUCGAUCUAGAUUUAGAUUCUGGGAAAUCCACACCACCACGUAAGCAAAAGAGCAGUGGCUCAGGAAGCAGUGUAGCAGAUGAGAGAGUGGAUUAUGUUGUGGUUGACCAACAGAAGACCCUGGCUCUAAAGAGUACCCGAGAAGCCUGGACAGAUGGGAGACAGUCCACAGAAUCCGAAACACCAACCAAGAGUGUGAAAUGAAAAUAACGCUCUGCUGUGUCUGAACAAAAGAGAACUGAAUUGUAAAGAUAAGUCCUGUUUGACUGAAGAUGACUUGACACUUCUACUCUAGGGUAGAUCCUUAACUGAGUAGAGUUGAAGUCAAAGGACCUUUCAGACAUAGUCAAGCAGUUUAGACUGUCAACGGUGCUUUGUGGUAUCUGAACAAUUCAUAACGUGUAAAUAAUGUGGGGAAAUGCUGUUGUUUAGCUCCCAGAGAAACAUUUGUUCUGUAGUUAACACACUUGUAGUAUUACUGUAUUUAUGCACUUUUUCAUUUAAAACAUUGGGGUAUUCCCAAAUGUACCUUAACACAAUUCCUUUGGGAGUUCUUGUUUCUCCUCACACUACUCUCUAUAACAAUACUAAGUUAACUAAGCUACUUUUAGAUUUGGAAAUUACUCUUUAAACUGCAGUCUGAUGUUAAGAUGAAAAGUAGAUUCACAAUUUACCUUUCGAUGUGAAACUUCAGGUGGUAAUCGUUUAAAACCACAGAGUACAGUUGGAAUCAAUCAUUCAUUGCCUUCCAGGAUGCUAAGGAUAAUAUUCUAGGUAUUAGGACAUAGUUCUCUGACUCGUGCACAGUGAGUUCUCAGUGGUGGAACUUUAUUGUAUUUUGUUAAUUACAGUGUUCUUGGUUCAUUGAGUAAAGAUUCUGCAGGGUAGGAUCUUGCACCUUGGAAAGACUGAAUAAUUAUACUAUCAAGUAAGCCUGCAAAUCACAGAUGGCAUGAGGUGAUGAUGUGCUCUCAGACUUGUUAACAUGUAUUACACUUUACAUUAUUUGUAAAACGUAGUUUAUAUAACUAAUCAGGUACGUACCAGGCACUGAUGUGCUAAUACACUGAUCAGGUUUAGACUGAGCUUUAGUUGUGUUCUUGCUAGUCCUAAUAUUUGGUUUCCAAUGUGGAAUUAAUGACACAGUUGACAUUCACUGUUAGUUACAGCAACAUACUGUGAUUUUUCAUUAGACUGUAACUCAGAUUUAUUGCUCUGAGAACAAUUCUGUCCUUUGACGCCAUAGUGCCCUUUCUAUGAUUUUUUUAGACUUUACUUAAUAUUCUUCUUGGCCUUAUAUUUAAAUCCCUAUGCAAUUAACAUUUUAUAUCUGCAUUUUUUUAAAAAACACAUAGAUGUUAUAUAAGGGAUUCUCACGUGUAGCACCUGUUGGCUUUUCCAGUAAAAGAAUUAAGGAUUUUGUACUGUGAUUUAUACUCACUGCCCCAAUUCAAGAAAUAUUGGAGCCUCGAUAUAAUGUGAAAUGUUAUAGUCACGGGCCUCUUCCAACCAAAUUUCUGAAACCACCAGAGGAAUCGUAUCAUUCUGCUUCACUUAUAACAUGGUCCUGUGACACGGAUAUCAAGACGACAAAUUAUACUGAGGCUACAAUUAUACUGAUCUGUCUUGGCUUUGCUACGUAAUUUAGAAAACAGAUAUAGUUUGUUUGUUUGUUUGUUUGUUUUUAACUAAGUGACAUGCAAUCUUCUAUGUAUUGAAUUGAGACCUACUAACAGUUUUUGGAGGGGGGCAUAGAGAUAGGAAUGCCCAUAGCUGAGGCAUAACUCCUUCUAUUCAGACCUCUGUUGCCUGAGUUACACAGAUGUGCCGAUUUCUGGCCUCCUGCCUACAGUACUGUGCCUAAUCAAUGUAAUGGGUAUAUUUCCCCAGUCCACAAACUAAAAAUGUUCAUAACAAGACGAAUUGUAGAUUAGUAACAGUUGAUGCUUUUAAAUGUUUGCUUCUUUUUAAACAAAAACUAAAACCCAGACGUGAAUUUUGAGGUGAAUUUUUAAAUAAAAAAGAUUGUUUGAGUUUGGCGUGCGCAAGCUGUUUUAUAAUGAAACCACAAAAUAAAAUCUAAAAUCAUUGAACUGUGCCUAAACAUUUAAAACACACAACACAGUUGAUGUGUGACAAUACUAAAUUGUGUUAUGUGGAGGAUGAACAUAUUUUGAGAUUUAGAACACAACACUGAAUGUUUUAUUAAUUCAAAAAUGGAAAUCUUGUUUAAAGCUGACUAUCAGAAGAGUGAAACUUUAAGUGUAAUUUCUUCUUUACUACAAGUUACUCACCAUUUUUUUAAGUUCCGCAGCACUGUAAUUUGUAGAAAUGUUCCCGUUGUACAAAGUAAUUUGAGAAUUGAAAUGCAUUAGGUGCAAAAGUAAUUGUGGUUUAAAAGGUUAAAAAUAAAGGCAAAAACUGCAAUUACUUUUGCACCAACCUAAUACUAAGUAGCUUGUUUCACACAAUGAAAUCACCUUUAAUGUUGUAUUAACAAAUUAAAAUAAAAGACAGUUUCUUAUAGACCAGUAUUUUCCAAACAUUUUUUAGCACUAGGAUCUUUUUUAAAUAAAAUUUUGUGUAACUCCAAUACAUAAAGCCUGAAAAGUUCAUUUUAUCAGUAUAAAUCUAUUUUCAGUUCACAUUUAUAUUUAUUUAUUUUAGUCCAUUACUAAGAAUAAGAUCUCUGAAUAACACAAAUAUAAAAUUGGGGUUGUUGAUAGUUGGUGAAAAACUUCAGCAGCCAAUUUAUUUUUAUACCUUGUUUCAUUUGUAUAUUAUUAAGAAAAUUUUGAUUCACACAAACAUAAGUAAGUGCAAACAAUAACAGAUUUUAAACACACAUCUCAGGAGCUUUUUACUAAUUAGAGAUAGCCAAAGUUGUAUUCCAAGGUUUAUACAAAAAUAACUUAUCCUGGUUGUGGAAGUUAAUACAUAAGCAGUCUCCAGUAUGGUAAAACCAAGGCAUGUAACAAAUUAGAAUGUGCAUUUUUAUUAAGUUUUUUUAAAUAUGUACUUAUAACAAAAUUUGAAUCAAACCCUUUUAAUACCCCUAAUGACGUCCAAGAAGCUGAGUUUUGGCCAGGCCUGGGUUGAAAACCACUGGUUAUCGAUGUAACAGUUAUGUUAUACAUCAGAAGUCUUUUUCUCCCACUUGUUUGAUGUUCUCUACCUUUUAGUCCUUAUUUUGAAAAAUUAAAAUUUUAUGAAGGUUUGAAUACCAAAGCACAGUUCUGUUUUCAAAAAUCAAAAUUCAAACUUGAAUAAUAUAAGCUAUUUAACCCACAGAGGGUAUCACUUAGUAAGCUAUAAAUGAUAGUUUUAUCUGCACUCUAGUUUGUACAUUUCCAUCUUUAUUUCUAUCAGUACUACAUAAGCUACUGUGAGU